CGCGUCUAGAGGUCCGGAAGGACGAGUUCUGAGAUGGCUGAAGGCAGGAUCCCCGAGGCCCAGCUGUGCUCCGAGCAGUUCGGUUCCGGGGCGGCCCGGGGCUGCCUCGCCGCCGCCGAUGGGAGCCUGCAGUGGGAGGUUUCGGGGUGGCGCUGGUGGGGGUUCUCUGGGCCCUUCACAGCAAAACCCCAAAGACGGGAUGGCGGCGCCGGGGGGACUCCCGGGACUGCUUCACCACCUCUCUCCGGUCUCAUGGCCGUGUUCCUGCCGCAGGGCUUCCCCGAUAGCGUCAGCCCGGACUACCUGCCCUACCAGCUCUGGGAUUCCGUGCAGGCCUUUGCUUCCAGCCUCUCAGGCUCCCUGGCCACCCAUGCAGUCUUGCUGGGCAUAGGGGUGGGGAACGCAAAAGCUUCUGUUUCAGCUGCCACUGCCACCUGGUUGGUGAAAGAUUCAACUGGCAUGCUGGGCCGCAUCAUCUUUGCCUGGUGGAAGGGGAGUAAACUGGACUGCAAUGCCAAGCAGUGGAGGCUUUUUGCUGAUGUCCUCAACGAUGUAGCCAUGUUCCUCGAGAUUAUGGCUCCCAUAUAUCCAGUCUUUUUCACCAUGACCGUCUGUACCAGCAACCUGGCCAAGUGCAUUGUGAGCGUGGCUGGUGGGGCCACUCGGGCUGCCCUGACCAUGCACCAGGCCAGGAGAAACAACAUGGCUGAUGUGUCAGCCAAGGAUAGCAGCCAGGAGACAUUGGUAAACCUGGCAGGGCUCCUGGUCAGCCUCUUGAUGCUUCCCCUGGUGUCAGCUUGCCCUAGCUUCAGCCUCGGUUGUUUCUUCUUCCUCACGGCUCUUCACAUCUACGCCAACUACCGGGCAGUCCGAGCCCUUGUCCUAGAGACCUUGAAUGAAGGCCGGCUCCGGCUGGUCCUGAAGCACUUCCUUCAGAGGGGAGAGGUACUUGGCCCCACCUCAGCUAAUCAGACGGAGCCACUGUGGACAGGUUUUUGGCCGUCUCUGUCUCUAUGCCUGGGGGUCCCCCUACACCGCUUGAUCUCCAGUGUCUUUGAGCUGCAACAGCUGGCUGAGGGACACCAAGAACCCUACCUCCUUCGCUGGGACCAGUCACAAAACCAGGUGCAAGUUGUUUUGAGCCAGAUGGCAGGCCCUGAAACCAUCCUAAGGGCUGCCACACAUGGACUGGUGCUUGAAGCCCUGCAAGGAGAUGGGCCCCUCCCAAGAGAACUGGAGGAACUGAGGAACCGAGUACGGGCAGGUCCUGAGAAAGAGAGCUGGGUCAUCGUCAGGGAGACACACCGAGUGUUGGACAGGCUAUUCCCAAAGUUCUUGAAAGGACUGCAGGAUGCAGGCUGGAAGACUGAGAAGCACCAGCUAGAGGUGGAUGAGUGGAGGGCCACAUGGCUUCUCUCUCCGGAAAAGAAGAUCUUGUGAGCAGCCCAGAUAGAGGCCCAGGUCCCAGGAUAGGAGCCUGGAGCAAGCACACUUUGGCCACAGCAGGAUGUGGGAACAGCGGCUUUAUUUUCGCUUAGGGGAACUGCUGUGGCAGUUUGGCCAAGGCCUCAUGGGCUAUAACUGCCAGUCAGAUGGACAGGGCCCCCAGACAGAGAUGAAGUGGCGAGAAGGGGAACCAGGGCCUACCCCCUCCCGCUCCUGCCGUUCUCCCUUCUCACCACUGCAGGCUCCUCCUGCCCAUUCAUUGUGAGGCUGAGCCCUGCCCUGGCUGUGGCUCAUGGUGUCCAACAGAGUUGGCCUCAGGCAUAAAAGCCCCAGAGGAACGUGGCCACAGCCAUCAUUAGCAGGGCAUUGAAGUUGACCACACGGGCCCAGCUCGAGUCCUCGCUGAUGUCCUCCAGCCGCCUGGCUGCUGCAGCCACCUCCUCCUGGGUAGGGGCAGGGGGACUGCCCGCCCCCGCCCCGCUCAUUCCACAGAACCAGAGCAGGCACCUGCGGACCAGGCCUGGAGCUGGGGACUGGGGCUCUGGGAAAAAUUGACCCUGUACAGUUAGUUCGAGGGAACUUGGCUCCCCUAGUCCCUGGCCCCACCUCCUGAAGUAGCACCUCACCCUCCAUGUCCACUGCAUGCUCCGGACACCCGUUCUGUAUAGGGGGGGAGGCUGGACCUGCCGGCUCAUCAGCAUCCAGGUCCUCUCGCUCCUCCUUGCUGUGCCGCAGACUGAAAACCAGGCGGUGGAGCUGGGGAAGGGGGCAGGGACCAAGUGAGAGUGCUGUUCCCCCACCCGGGCCCCUCAAGUCUCUUGUCCGCCUGGUACUCCCUCAGCUCCCCCUGUCUACCCUGUACACACAGUUCAGACUCCGUUCACUCAAACCCGACCUUCCAUGGCUGCCCUUCGCCCUCAGACUGAACCUGAGUUCUUCAACUGUGUCUUUAAAGCUGUUGGCCCUGGUCAGCCCCUGCUUCAUUACCCCAAGUCCCUGUCUACGCUCAAAUUAUGGUCCUUUAGACUCUAGUCUUCUAGUCCUGCUAACAGUGUUCCUUCCUGCGGAUAUUUGUUCACAUAGUUUCCUCCUGCUACCUUUCCCUCCUUCUCCACCUGUGCAGCCCUGCCCAUCCUUCUGCCCAGCUCCUCUGGCCUGGCCCCCAAUCAGCCCUGCUCUGGGGCACCUACCCUGCAGCAGCACAAGACCAAACCCUUUUGUGGGCCUUCAGGAUAGUACUCUGUCCCUCUCAGCCACCAAUCAGAUCGGUGUUCUGAGUCCCAGGGGCCAUUCCAAGGACUUUGGGGGGCUUUCAUCACCUCCCUCACAGUCUUCAAGCCACCUCCCCCCCAGAACCCCUCAAAUAAAUGUCAUUCAAAUAAAACAUUGUGCUUGCUUUGCAAA